CAGAGCAAAAAGUUCAAAAAGUUGCCCUCUCUGUGUCAGGCUGGCCGCUGGACGUGUCAGAUCAGAGGCUGAUCAAGAGCUUCAGGCGCAUUGGUGCGUCUUCCAAAUUAUGCAGGGAAUGGAGAUGCUUCUCCUCCAUUCUCUUCUUCCCAUCCGUGAUCAAACCGAUUGUUCGAUUAGCUAGGCCCCUCCAUUUGGGAGAUGGAUGGAGGUGGUGGCUUUUGGGACUGGAGCGAGGAGCUGAGAUUCUUGCAGCACGCAGAGGGUGCGACGCAGGUUCUGCUCGAUGAGAGAUCCGAAUCUGCUCAGAAUGCAGCUUCUGUCAGCAUCCAGAUUGAUCAAUUUGAGGUGGAGAAUCCUCUUCUCAUAGAUCUGACUUCUGAUCACAGCUAUUGGGAACCUAGUGAUGGCCACACAACUUCUGAGCAGUGGGGGGUUCUAGCACCAGUGCAUUUUGGACAAUGGAAUGCCUCUGAUCCUGUCAAUCGCGGCUCGACAGAUGAGGCAUGCGGCCUCAGUUUAGAAAUAAUCUCAACCUGUGUGCUGGGAGAGCUGGAUAGGGACUCUGCCCCGGAUCGGCAUCGCAUAGUGGCACACUCUGUAGCUACAGUCGGGGGGGCUGGCCAAGAGACAGCUCACGGCGGCGCGGUAUAUGAGGGGGAGUCUCCCUGUCCACCAGAAGGUUCAGGGACAGACUCCUCAGAGCCAAUUGAAAUAAUCGACAGUCCUCCCCAGGAUGUCACGGUCAGUCAGGAGGAUGGGGGCUGCGGGAAUGCAUCGGUAUGUGUAGCGGACAACGAAUGCGCGGGUGAUUGGGUAUGCGCAGAUGAGAGGGUAUGGGAGGGAAGCACUGAUCAAGAAGCAGAAGCACAUAGUCCCAAUCUCUCACCCAGGGAUGGAACUAGAGUCAGGCUGCAGUUCGAUUUUCUGGAAGCCGAAGGCUGCAAGAACAGUGUCAGCGAGGAUGACGCCAGACCAGCUGCAGAGUGUAGAGGAUCCAUUGAUGCAACUAGAGGCAGGAUCUUUGUACUUCCCUUCCCCCUCACCAUCCCAUUCUUGCCCCUCCGCGCAGUAGGACUGCUCGCGCAUCCCCUGAGGCAUGUCCCUAAAAUAGCGUUCAUUCUGCUAACAUCAGUGCCCACACCGAGACCGCAGCAACUAGAACCAAGGGAGAUUCCAGGCGUGCUUCCCGCAACGUACAGGCGCAGGAAACGCAGUAGGCGGGGAGCAGGAAGGGGACACUUUACCAGGAAGCACUUCCUGCUAGACCUAACCGCUCCAGACUGGUUGCAGGAUAACGAGGUUUUCAGUCAGAGUGAACACCCCUCUCCCAGAUCCUCCUCGACAGAAUGUGCAGAACAGAUGUCUUCAGAAAGCUCACUGAGCAGUAGUCAGGCGCAAGAGCAUUGCGAGCAACUCAAUGGGGCAGGUGGAUUCGGAGAGUCGAGAGCUGAUGAUGCACUUGGUGGCGACCCUGUGACGUCAGCGCACGGGCUGCUCGUGUCAGCGAACACGUCAGCAGAUCCCGGCCUUAGCCCCCGGCAAAAGAGAGAGAGAUCAAGACCCUCGCAGUUGGACAUCAACGAAGCGAGCCCCCUAACAAAUGUACAUAGUCGGCGGUGGGAGACGGAUAGCUUCUCACUGGAGUACAGCCCCUCAAGUCUGUCGCUUGAUGGGGGCUUCCGAUACAGGAGCGUGGACGGGGGUGCUGAGGUCAGCCCGAUGUCAUCCCGGUCAAGUAGUUCGUCGGACCUGGGCGAGCCGGGAAUGCAUAGCGACACCGGAUCGAGCACGGACGAGAAUGACAGCCAUCUGUACCUCCCCACCAAUUAUCUCCUCCUUACUCCCCCCCCAAACUUGGCUGCGGCCGAGCCCCCCGUCAAACCAUUGUCGGAGAUGUCCAGGCGGUUUGUGUUGCCCCCCGGCGUCAUGGAUCCAGCAGAGAUGGAAGACCUCGAACAGCAGUGGGCCGAUCAACUUCGAGCACGGCGGGCGGAGCACGGGGACCAGCACUACAUGAGCGCCGCCGAGCUAAUGUCCCCCCCCUGGAGCGACCUGGUGUUUUGGCAUGGUUCCGACAAGAAGGGCCAACCUGUACUGUACUGCAAGCUGGGCCUGGCGGUCCGCACUCUGCCCCGCCACAUGCAGGAUCGAAUGGGCUGCGCGCUUUAUUCGAUGGUCGAGCUGGCGGAGAACAGUCUCUGGCGGCCCGAGUGCGGGUGGGGCUUCCAGCGGAUGACAGUGGUCGUUGAUGCGGAGGGGCUCGGCAUAACUAGGAUGGCCCCAGUGGAGGCGCUCAAGCACGGGUUCAAGCUCAUCCACCGGGACUACCCAGCGCGUCAAGGGUACACAUACAUCAUCAACGUGCCUCCGCUCUUGAGCAUGAUGAUUGGCGUGUUCAAGCGGGUGAUUGGGUACGACGAGAAGGAAGCAAACGAACGGCUGGGGGUGUAUGGGCGGAACUACCGGUCACAUCUACAGAAGGAUUUCGAGCCCGACAUGCUCCACGUCGACUAUGGAGGCUCGUGCCCAUGCUGUAGCGCUGGGGACGACAAGGAGCUCGUCACCGCCGCUGAUUCGUGCCCGGCAAACGCAGGCGCGGCGCUGAAGAGGCGAGGCCGCCCGGAGGACUGGGUGCUCGACUUUGUUCCAUCCCAUCAGCGGUAGGAUGUCUGCGGAUCGAGCCCAGUUUCAGCUGCUGAGAACACAGUGUCUUGAUGCGAUGAUUAGAAGAGGGCCACAUGCAAAAGGCCGGAAAACAUGUGCCAAGUCGAACAUUAAUCCUGCGCAAAUCUGGAACAUGUAGAAGGUUGCAAGGAUUCCGCGUAAGGCCGUCCAAUGCAAAACUCUCCUCUUGUGGCCACGCUCCAACCGAUCAUGCUGUUUUACUAGUCCAUGCUCGGACUCAUGCCCAC